CGCUCCAACAGAUUUAUGCUGCCAUACCGUCCAGAUAUCGUUGCUAAUCCAGCCGACAUAGGCCUCCACACGAGUCGUAUGGAAGGAAAUUGUAAAGGGAAAGAAAGCCGAGCAGAUGUGGGCGAUAUAUACAUCCUCCGUGGACGCUGGCCUAACCUGGUCAUGGAAUCUCCCCUGAGUCCUAAUCUUUUGCGCUUUGCCCCUCCCAAGGUCAAGGUCAGUUCCGAAGUCAGUCCACGGUCAGCUCAAAGGUCAGAGCACCGCAAGUCCGCAAGAGGAGUGCCCGUGCCUGAAUGACUGUAUGACAUGGCGCCGGCAUGAAUACGGCAUGAACGAGCGACACGAUGGCAUCCACCGACACCGACGACGUCGGGACGCUCUCGCACCAGUCGCUCCUCAUCCUGAUCUGGGUGUGCUUCGGGGCCGCAUUCCUUCUUGUCGCCGUCCGCACCGGUAUACGCCUUCGCUCGCCCGCCGGCCGCCGGGCCCCGCCGCUCGACGACUGCUUCAUCUUCUUCGCCCUCGCGGCCUUCCUGGCCCAAUGUAUCCUCGAGACCAUCCAGCUACCCAGCGUAUACUACGUCACGGGCAUCCUGACCGGUGCCGUGCCCUUAACCAACGCCGAGACCAUCAUCGGCGAGACGGAGAACUACCUGCGCUUCCAGUUCCCCAUCACCAUCCUCUUCUGGACCGUGCUGUGGUCCGUCAAAGCCGCCUUCCUCGCGCUCUACUGGCGCCUGUUCCGCGACCUCCCGUGGUACCGGCGCGCGUGGUAUGUGCUGGCCGUCUUCACCUUUCUGGCCUACGGAGGUUGCGUCAUCACCCUCACGCUGUCGUGCGGCCCCGAUGUGCGGAACUUCUUCCGCUUCGCCCAGUGCGCCGGCCCGCAGCACGUGUGGACGAGCAACUUCAGCGUCUACUACAGCACGGCGAGCGACGUCUUCACCGAUCUCUGCAUCAUGGCCAUGCCGCUGCGGCUCAUCUACAACAUCAAGGUCUCCUUCAAGCAAAAGCUGGGCCUGAUCGGCGUCUUCAGCCUCGGGAUCUUCAUGAUCGUCUUCGCCAUCAUCCGGGCCAACCAGAGCCUGGCGCAGCAGGGGUUUGUCAACCUAACUCUUCUCAUGGUGUGGUCGACGCUGGCAGCUGCGAUAUCCGUCCUCGUCGGAACCCUCCCUGCACUCAAAGUGCUCAUCACCACCAACGCCCGCUCGUCUGCAAACCGCUCCGGCGCGUCGGGGGCCACGUCCCAGGCCACGAGCAAGCGGAAAAGCUCGACCUAUGUGCCCCACACCAAAAGCGUCGCCCUCGGCUCGCUCCGGCGCGACAGCAACAAGACCACCAACGGGUCGCGGUCCGACGGGAACGAGUCCCAGGAGGAGAUUUUAGUCCAACGUGAUGUGACCGUUUCGUACAGUCAAGUCUCGCGUCCAUCUCCGAUGCGAUAUCAACAGAGAUAUAAUGAGCCAUAGUCGUGACAGCACGGCGUGUUUGCCAACUGGUUCCCAAUUUGGGAGGGUGGGCUGAUCGCGGUGGGCGGAGUUGGUGGUUAGAUCUUUUUGUCUUGGUCGCCCAACCUGUUGUAAUACCCCAACGCGUUUCGUCUUCUUUAGCAAGCCUUCUGGAAGUGCUAUUU